UAUUUCAAAUUCCCAAAAUCAUACCAUAAUAUUUUACCUCUUAUAAGAAUUAGUAGAUGAAUCAGAUUUUGUUCAUUGUUCAGAUAUGUAAAUACAAUACCCAAUAAUCCCUAUAACAACAAGUAUAACAAGAUGUAGCAUAUUCAGUUUCAAAUAUUUAGGAUAUCUAUAAAACAAAUAAGUCUCAAAAUGCAUAGGAGUGUUAGAGACAACAUUACAUUAACAAAAUCAACAAACACAAUUACAAGGAGUUGUCGCGUUGAGAACGCACAGCCUCAUUGUUACAUACAGCGCCUGUCAUGGCUUCAUCAGUGCUCUAGACUUCUCAGCCAGCUCGACAGCUCCAAAAAGGUUUUCAUCAGUGAAUAGACGUUAAUGCAUAGAGUCGCCUUUAAAUUUAAAAAGCACAAAAAUCAUCAAGGGGAGAUAGGUAAUCAACAAAGAGAAAUACAUAUGUGAAAUUAACACAUUUAUUAUUUAUUGUUUGUACUUUUAGUUGGUAAGAGUAGAAAUAUCUAAUUAUCAGUGUGUAUAUACUGUAGGUCCAAAUAGCACCUCGCUCUGCCCCGCUUUAAAACAGAUAGACACCAACCACCGAAAAUCAAAUACCGUCAACAAAAAAUGAAGACUACAAUAAGUUCGCCAGAAGUAAGAUACCAGUUCCUGCAGAUUGUGGUGUCUCGUGUUGGAUAAUUCAAAUGAAAUGAAACAGAAUGUCACCAUAGUUUAUAAAUAUAGAACUCCAUAUGUUAGUAUCUCAUACAUGCUAUAUAUUUAAUGAUUUUUAAAAAAACAUUUCAUGUUACCAACUUUUUAUACCUUUAAUCAACUUCUAAACAUGGUCUUGUUUCUGUAUUUGAAACUUUAUUUAACUACAUUUCUUUUCAUUUUUACAGCAGGUAAAUAUACCAAAUUACUAUGCAAAUAAGAUAAAUCUCAAAUUAGAAAACAUUUUUAUAUUUUGAUUGAUUUGUUUUAUUCUUAAUCCCUUUUUGUUAUCUUACAGCAGCAAUAGACCUUGAAUUAUGGAUAGGUAUGUACAAUAUGUAUACUAGAUAUAGCUCUCCACAUUAAGAAAACGAAUCCAGAUGGCUCUGGGGAAUGAUAUGUAUAACCAUAUGGAAUUUAGCUGGAUAUGAGAUACAUGUCGUGUCAUAAAAUGUUCAAAGGAAUGGUUUACUCUUCUUCUCUAUGUACAUCCUACAUCCUACUGUGUACAUCCUACAUCUACCUUGUACAUAAUCGAUGCAGGUGGCCGUGUGUCAUUGCGCUCUAUGUACAAUGGUAGGUUCCUCAGUGUACAAGGUCCAGUCACAGCCUGCAAAGUUGUACUAGCGGACCAGCUGAAUGGGGAUCAAGAGAUUGUUCUGGAUGUCAAAGAGAACGAUGUGGUUGGAGUCUUGAACUAUGCAGAGACUGUUUAUCUAGAGAGUAGAAAUGGAAAUCACAUAAACGUGGCUGAAAAUCGUUCAGUUGAAGCGCAGUGGAGAGACAAAUCUGGUUGGCAGGGUUUUCAAUUGAGGACUAUACCCUCCAGCAGCGGUACAGAGACAAUGAUGGAAAAAGAUAAAGUUUAUAUAUACAAUAUAAACUUCAAUUGCUACCUCGAAGUUCUAGAUGAUACAACAGUACAUUGUUCGCCAUGGACCGACAAAGGCUAUGAUAAGAUUGUCUACAUGUUUGAAAUGACACACCACCAGCCAGAUUACCAAUGGUUUUGGUUGGGCUCAGACCUAAGUGCAACGCCAACAUAUGAAAAUGGUGGUUUAUUCUAUCGCAAUAGGAAUUCAACACAUGUAUGGCAGGAUGGUAUAUUUCAGAUAAUGCGCAGUCACAACUGGAAUUUAGUCCGUCUUAGACUAUGGGUCAAUCCAUUACCUGAUAAAGAAUAUGCAG